AUGGAGCGUCUCCAGGUGCUGGGAUUCUUCAGCCUCUUCAUCCUCCACGCUGCCCAGAGCUCCUCAAACAGCUCUCAGCCCGUCUACCUGCUGCUGGUUCCCAGGACCCUUCGCUCCGGAGUCCCAGUGUCUCUGAGCGUCUCCGUCCUCAGCGAGGCCGAGGUCCUGGUGUCUGCUCACAUCCUCCAUGGAGACCAGACGCUGUCCUCGGCGUCCACCACUGUGGGAGGAGGUUCAACUCAGCUGCUGACGAUGCCUCCAAUCCUCAAGAGCGACUCCAGCUCCAUGAUCCCCUACAUCCUGGAGGUCAAAGGUCACGUGGGGACCCUCCAAUAUUUCUUCAACUCAACAGUGCUGCGCUUUGACUCCAGAAGCGUCUCCAGCUUCAUCCAGACGGACAAACGGAACUACCUGCCCAGGCAGGCGGUGAAGAUCCGAGUGGUUUCCAUCUAUCCUGAUGGGAAACCGUGCGUCAGCUCGGUGGACGUCACAGUCUCAGAUCCGAGGGGAAACCUGCUCAGACAGUGGUUGUCCAUGGACGGCGUCCUCGGCGUCGUGUCCACAGAGUUCCAGCUCUCUGAGAACCCUCCUCUGGGAGAAUGGACCAUCGGAGCCACAGUCGAUGGUGUUUCAAGCAAGAAGAAAAUCACCGUGGCUUAUUAUGUUCUGCCAAAGUUCGAGGUGAAGCUGGACGUCCCACAGGUCGUCCUUCAGAACGAGUCUCUGUCCGGCUCCGUCACUGCAGAGUACAUGUACGGGAAACCUGUCCAAGGACGCAUGUCUCUCACCUUCUUCCACCACUUCCUUGGGGGUGUAGACACGUACAAUCAAAGUGGAGAGAUUGAGGGCACAGAGGAGUUCAGCUUCUCUCUCCCCGGCUGGAGGAGCAGACCAGCUAUGGAGAUGGUUUUUUAUGAAGGAUUCAUGAAGGAGCAGUUUCUCACCGUCGUGGUGAACGUGACAGAACAUCUCACAGGUCUCACCUAUAACACUUCGGCCAUUGUGUCUCUGGCAAAACACAAAUAUAAACUUUCCUUUCACGGCUAUUCCAAAACGUUGAAGCCCUCAUUAACGUUCACUGCCAUGCUGAAGAUAUCAACAUACAACGACCAGCCGCUGUCCCCGGAGGAUCGGAGGAACCUGGUUCAGGUGUCGGUGCUGCAGAGGGAGCAGAGUCCGUGGAACUGGAAAAUGGACGAGAGGUUAGAGAUGAGGCCUCGAGCGUUGAACCUGUCGGGUCCUCAGAUCCGAGAGGAGAUGUUAGAGAUGAGGCCUCGAGCGAUGAACCUUUCGGGUCCUCGGAUCCCAGAGGAGAUGCCACCUAAAGAAAUGGAGUUUCCAGUUCCUGCAGAUGGAAUCAUCCCGCUCCACGUCCUGGUCCUGAAUGAAACUGAAACACUCACGAUUGUUGCGUCUUUUGUGGACGACUACAGAAUUCUGCAGCUCUACAGGAGCUACACGUCCCCCAGUCACACGUACCUGCAGAUCCAGAAACCCUCCAGCGCUGCAGAGGUCGGUUCUCCCGUCCAUCUGCACAUCGAGCAGAACUUUCCAACAACGGAGAUUCAAUACAUCGUGAUGUCCAGGGGUCAGGUGGUCUCUACAGGUCAGGGCUCGGGUGACCUGACGCUGACCCCUGAGACCUCCUGGGCUCCUCUGGCCUGUGUCCUCGUCUUCUGUGUCCGUCCUGACGGGGAGAUCGUCAACGAUGUGCUGCAGCUGCCAAUCAAACCAGCUCUACACAACCAGGUCUCUCUGAGCUGGAGCCAGGCGGUGACGCAGCCCGGGGGUGAGGUCACACUCCGGGUGGGGGUGGCGGAGCCCGGCUCGCUGGUCGGGAUCCUGGUGGUGGACAAGGCCACGCGGGGGGGGGGAUCCGACAACGACAUCACCAAGACGAGGGUGAUGGAGCAGAUGAGGGAGUUCAGCGUUUCCCCGGCUGACGCCUUCUCUGACAGGUGGACAAUGGGAGAUCCGGCCUCUGUCCUCAAGGUUUGUGAUUUCAUGGCUCUGACCGACGCCAGUUUACACAAGAUGAAAAGUCCACCUCGGCCCAUGUUUCCAGGGGAGGGAAUGUUCAUGUCCCAGAACGAGGAUCCAGAGAUGCAGCCGGAUCCACGAGAGCGCCUCAGCUUCCCAGAGACCUGGAUGUGGCUGGACACCAACGUGAGUGACUCGGUCACAAAGGAGCUGAGGGUCACUGCACCAGACAGCAUCACCACCUGGGUCGCCACCGCCUUCGUCAUGUCGGAGAACCUGGGACUGGGCGUGGUCCAGGAGCCUGCCGAGCUCACGGUGUUCCAGAACCUCUUCCUGUCCCUGAACCUGCCGGCGUUCAUCAUCCGAGGAGAGGAGGUGGUGCUGGAGAUCAUCCUGUUCAACUACCUGCUGCAGGACCUGGAGGUCACGGUCACGGUGGCGCAGAGCGACACCUUCGAGUUCGUCUUCCCGGACGUGGAGGGCCUCUCCAUGCCCGGCAUCCGGCGGCUGUCCAUGCGGAGCCAGAGCGGGGGGGCCGUCCUCAUUCCCAUCAAGCCACUGGUCCUCGGGGAGAUCCCAGUCUCUGUGAAGGCCAAGUCGCACGCGGCCUCAGUCUUCGUGCGCAGGACGCUGCUCGUCAAGGCUGAAGGGAUCGAGCAGACCUUCUCGUCCUCGCUGCUGUUGGAGGUUUCUCCGUCUCAGCCGAGCGUCUCCUCACACGUGGCCUUCAGCUUACCAGCAGAUCUGGUGCCGGGCAGCCAGAGAGCUGUGGUGACGGUGAUCGGCGACCUCCUCGGCCCCUCCCUCAGCGGCCUGGACUCUCUGAUCCAGAUGCCGUACGGCUGCGGUGAACAGAACAUGAUCAACUUGGCUCCGAGCAUCUACGUGCUGCAGUACCUGAACGCCACGGGCCAGGCCGACCGGGCCACCACGGCCCGGGCCACCGGCUACAUGCUGACAGGCUACGAGCGGGAGCUGAGCUUCCAGAGGGAGGACGACUCCUUCAGUGCGUUCGGAGACCGCGACUCCUCCGGAAGCACCUGGCUGAGCGCUCUGGUGCUGAGGUGCUUCCUGCAGGCGCGCUCCUUCAUCCCCAUCGACCAGCACGUGCUGCAGGGGACCGCCACCUGGCUUGUGGCCCAGCAGGGGGCCGACGGGAGCUUCCUGGAGGUCGGCCGGGUCAUCAACACCGAGCUCCAGGGAGGACAGGACAGUCCCGUGUCCCUCACUGCGUACGUCCUCAUCGCGCUGCUGGAGGACGACAGCUUCAAGGCUCAGUUCAGGACCCAGGUGUCCUCAGCGUUGAUGUACCUGGAGACUCGUCUGUCUCUGGGCGUCUCCAGCAGCUACAGCCUCAGUCUGCUCGGCUACGCUCUGGCUCUGUCCGGCAGCGCCAGCGCCGCCACGGCUGUCAGCCAGCUGAUUGGACGAGCCCAGAUGACCGACGGCGUCCCGGCCUGGUCCUCCCCGGACGCCGGCCUGUCGGCCUCGUGGCAGCCGCGCUGUGCAGACAUCGAGAUGUCGGCCUAUCUGCUGCUGACUCUGCACAGACUGGGUCGCAUGGAGGAGGGCGUCGGCCUCCUCAAGUGGCUCAGUCGCCAGCGGAACCACCGCGGAGGAUUCGGAAGCACUCAGGACACGAUCGUCGCCCUCCAGGCCUUGUCCACGGUCGCAGCGUCCAUCGGCUCGCACCACUUCGACCUCAACGUCCAAGUGACCUCGGAGUCGACCGCCGUGGCCUCGUUCCACAUCCACCAGAGCAACUACAUGCUGCUGCAGAGUCAGCAGGUGCAGCCACAGGGGGAGCUGCUGCUGAACGUUACGGCUGAGGGGCGGGGCCUGGCUCUGUUUCAGCUCACCGUGUUCUACAACAUCAGGAGCGAGAAGCUGAUGAGGAGGAGACGGGAGGUGGACGUGCACGAGGCCUUUCACCUCCUCACGGAUCUGAGGGACCUGGACGCGACCUCCUCACACCUGGAAGUCUGCAGCAGCCUGUCGGAGCAUCACGGUCUGAAUGCGACGGGCAUGGCCAUCCUGGAGGUGGCGCUGCUGAGCGGCUUCACCGUGGCACCGGGCGCCAUCCAGACGGACGAGGUCAUCAAGGCGGUGGAGAUGCAGCCGGGGAAGGUCAUCUUGUACCUGGACUCUGUGACCACGGACGAGAUGUGUGUUCGGAUUCCGAUGGACCUGGAAUUUAAAGUCGCCAAAGUGCAGGAGGCGACUGUUUCCCUCUACGAUUAUUAUGAACCAAGACGGAGGACGGUGAGGACCUACAUGUCUGAGAAGAGGAACUCCAUGUCCUCCUGCUCCUUCUGUGGGGACGACUGCAGCGAGUGUCGAGCGGACCAUCGUCCUGAAGUCAGUUCCUCAUCGAGCAGCAGGAGCAACUUCCUCCUGCUCUUCAUCCCAGCGGCUCGGCUCCUCCUCUUCCUCCUCAACCUGUAA